AUGGGUCUUCGCAGUGUUAUCUUGAAAACCAGUAGUCUCCCAGCUGCACCUCUCUCACAUCAAUUUCACAAUUCCUCAAUCGUCCGAACAAUCACCAUGAGAAUUUCAGUCUUCCCCUGGCUGUUCUUGAUCGUCAUACCAUCGAUGUUAUGCAUUAACUUAAUUCCAGUACACAGCAAAUGCGUGGAGGACCAGAGAACUUUGCUGCUCCAAUUGAGAAAUAGCUUCACAUUCAAUCCAGCAAUUUCCACCAAGUUGGUGUACUGGAACGAAACCACAGAUUGUUGUAAAUGGAAUGGUGUAAAUUGUGACAAAGACGAUCAUGUUAUUGGGCUUGACUUGAGCUAUGAAUCAAUCUCUAGUGGAAUUGACAAUACCAGUAGUCUUUUCAGUCUUCAGUUUCUUCAAAGCCUGAAUUUGGCUAACAAUAACUUAAAUCGCACACAAAUUCCGCCAAGUUUAGACAGCCUCCACAGCUUGACCUAUCUGAAUCUGUCUAAUGCUGGUUUUUCCGGGCAAAUUCCACGAUUUUCGCAACUUACAAGGUUGGUGACUCUAGAUCUAUCUACCUAUUUCUUCGAAGAACUUCAUCCGCUGAAACUUGGGACACCAAACUUAAGGAUGUUCCUUCAGAAUCUCACCGAGCUUAUGGAACUUCAUCUUGAUGGUGUUAACAUAUCAGCGCAUGGAAACGAGUGGUGUCAAGCCUUGUCUUCAUCAUUACCUAAUUUGCGAGUCUUGAGCUUGUCAGAUUGUUUUCUUUCAGGCCCUAUUGAUUCUUCCUUGUCAAAGCUUCAGUCUCUUUCUGAGAUAAUCCUGAGUCGGAACAAUCUAGCUACUUCUGUUCCAGAAUUCUUUGGAGAAUUCGCGAAUUUGACAGUCUUGCGUCUCAUUUCUUGCAAUUUGUACGGAAAAUUUCCAACUAGUAUAUUCCAGGUACCAACUCUGCAAACCCUUGACUUGUAUAACAACAUAUUGCUUCAGGGUUCUUUGCCAGAAUUUCCCCAGAAUGGAUCUCUUCAGACACUGGUGCUUGGCUACACGAACUUUUCAGGGCCAUUACCAUAUUCUAUUGGUAACCUUGGGAUGUUGUCCACGAUAGAGCUACAGAGUUGCAGUUUCAGUGGACUAGUACCAAAUUCAAUGGCAAACCUUGCUCGGCUUCUUUAUUUGGACUUGUCAUCCAAUAUGUUUACUGGUACAAUUCCAUCGUUUCGGACGUCUAGGAAUAUGACCCACAUAGACCUUUCUCGUAAUGAUUUAAUGGGUCCUAUCCCUUUCAGUCACUUCAAAGGCCUUCUCGAUCUUGAAUAUAUUGAUCUGCGAUUCAAUUCGUUUAAUGGUAGCAUUCCAUCGUCUUUGUUUGGUCUUCCAUCAUUGCAGAAACUUCUGCUUGCCAACAACCAUUUUGAUGGUCUACAUGCUGAUUUUUCUAAUGCAUCCGUGCCUCAUUUGGAUACACUCGAUUUGAGUAGCAACAAUUUAAGAGGACCUAUUCCUUUUUCUAUAUUUGAACUCAGAAGGCUUAAUGUCCUCCUCCUAUCAUCCAACAACUUGAAUGGCAGUAUACAGCUUGAAAUGUUUCAAAGGUUCAGUGAUCUCACUGUUCUUGAUCUUUCGUAUAACCAGUUAUCAGUUGAUGCAAAUGGCAGUAAUUCUAGCUUUUCUUCCUUCCCCCAUAUUGCUGCAUUGAAAUUGGCUUCUUGCAACCUCCAAAGUUUUCCUGACCUAAAGAACCAAUCAAAAUUGUUCUACUUAGACCUCUCAGACAACAAAAUUGGUGGGAAAAUUCCAAACUGGAUCUGGGGAGUUGGUGAUGGAGCUCUUGUUCACUUGAACCUUUCUUAUAAUCUCUUAGUGGGUCUGCAAGAACCUUUUGUUUUUCCUAGUCUUGGUAUUCUUGACCUGCAUGCGAACCACAUCCGGGGGAAAAUCCCAACACUGCCACAAGAUAUUACCUAUGUGGAUUACUCUAACAAUAAUUUCAACUGUUCAAUUCCUCUUGACAUUGGUAAUAACCUCACUAGUGCUUAUUUCUUUUCUGUUUCAAACAAUAACCUCACUGGAAACAUCCCUGAAUCCAUAUGCAAUGCCCGCUACAUUCAAGUUCUUGAUAUGUCCAAAAACCGGUUGAGUGGCUCUAUACCAAAUUGUUUAACUGAAAAGGCAGAGACUCUUGGGGUACUGAAUCUAGGGAAGAAUAAUCUCAGUGGCAAUAUUACUGGGACAUUUCUUACUAAUUGUGGUUUAAAAACUCUAGAUCUGCAUGAGAAUUUUUUGGAAGGGGAGAUUCCGAAGUCUGUUCAGAAUUGCUCAAUGUUAGAGGUAUUAAACCUUGGGAGCAACCAGAUAAAGGAUACGUUUCCAUGCUUUUUGAACAACUCUUCCAGUUUGCGUGUCCUUGUUUUGCGACGGAACAUGUUCUAUGGAGGUAUUCACUGUCCAGGAGCCAAUAACAGCUGGUCAAAUCUUCAAAUCAUUGACACUUCUUCCAACUAUUUUACUGGUGCUCUGCCCCAGGAAUUCUUCUUAACUUUGAGGGCCAUGAUGAAUGGUGUGGAUGAUGCUCAAUCAGAGAUCAGUCACCUGCGUUUUGAGUUCCUACGACUAAAUCACUUCUACUAUCAGGAUACGGUAACGGUUACCAACAAAGGGCUGGAAAUGGAGUUGGUGAAAAUUCUCUCAGUGUUCACCUCCAUUGAUUUCUCAAACAACAACUUUGAAGGGAAUAUACCGGAAACAGUUGGAGAUCUCAAAUCACUUUAUGUUCUCAACCUAUCACGUAAUGCUCUCACAGGCACAAUCCCAUCAUCAAUUGGAAACUUGACACAGCUUGGAUCACUAGACCUCUCGGUGAACCAGCUAAGUGGGAAAAUUCCCGUGGAGCUUACGAGACUUACCUUCCUUUCAGCCAUGAACCUGUCAUACAAUCAACUGGUUGGGAUAAUCCCAAAAGGCACCCAAUUUCAAACUUUUUCGAACACUUCCUUUGAGGGAAACAAAGGGUUAAGCGGGCCUCCAUUGACCAGUGAUGUUGAGGACAAUCAUUCAUAUCCCAAGACUGAGAUUAACCCGAAUUGGACAACUGGUGAAUCCAACUGGCAUUCUGCUACCAGGACUCGGAUUAACUGGAAUUGGAUAGCAGCUGAAUGUGGAUUCACGAUGGGCUUGGGAUUUGUCGUCGGACCACUUAUGUUUUGUAAAAGAUGGAGAAAAUGGUACUACAAGUACGUUGACCACAUUGUUUUCAGGAUUCUCCAUCGGCAAGACCAAGGAAGAAAAAAUCAAAGAAGACGACCCCGGAGAAAUCCAAUUAAAAGACGCUAG